AGAAAUAGAGAUAAGGCUACCAAUUGACCAAAGCCCUGGCCUGAGAAGCCGAAGCAGAAAAUGGAGUCCGUCAUUUGGGCCUUGCCGGAGCCGGAACUCGUUCUUGUGGCCUUUGCUGUGUCUCUGGCAUUCUCCUGGUGGUCGUAUGGCCAUACCAAACCGUCUGUGAAUCAUUUGAAAAGUCUGGACCACCUGAUAAUUGACAAACAAGCCAAAAAGAUUCUCAAAGUGGAUGAGCAUGUGUACAUUGCUUCUGGAUAUGGCACCACAACAUGCGCUCUCAUCGAAGGAAACGAUGGUUGUGUGUUGGUCAAUGCGUUGGACAGUUUCGAGUGGGCCAUGGAAGCUCGUUCGGCAUUCUCCUUCAUCACGAAGAAACCGUUAAAGGCCAUUAUUUUAAGCCGCUUUGACCCCUCAUUCGUCAACGGUUUGCCCAUUUGGUUGGAAAAUGACAGCCCAAUGGGCAAACGGAAGGAAAGCCCCCGGAUAUUCGUUCACGAAGAGUUUCCCAAGGUCAUGAACGAACAUCUGGCCUUGGCCGUCAAGCAACGCCUGAGCGUCUUCUCUAACAUGACCAUUUCUGCCGAUGGACCAAAUGUUCCCAUUGAGCUCCUGAGAACUUUCCCCUCGGAUUUGACAGUCGAUAUUUGUGGCCUCGCCCUGGAAUUGGUCCAUUUGGGAGGCUUGGCCAAAGAUGAGAUUGGACUUUGGUGGCCAGAGCAACGCAUUUUCUUCGCCUCCGACUCCAUUGGACUGGAAAUUCCGGAUUUAUUUCCAAUUCACGGAGGACCUCAGAGAGAUCCUAUGCAAUGGAUAGAAGGUGUAGAAAAGGUACAAAAGUUGGAACCAGAAGUAUUGAUCAUGAGCCAUGCUAGACCCAUUUUAGUGCAAGCAGAAAUCAAAGAGGUGCUGGAAAUUCAACAAGCAGUCAUACGAUUUCUACACGACCAGACCGUCCGCUAUAUGAACAAAGGUUUGUUCCCAGACCAGAUUGUAGAAUUGAUCAAACUCCCCAUCGCAUUGGGGAAUCAUCCUAUUAUGGCUCUUUCCCAAGUGCCAACCUCAUGGAUCAUACGGGGGCUGUUCAAUUACUACAUGGGUUGGUUCUCGGGCAAGGCCUCUGAGCUGAAUCCCCAAUCCCCCAGUGUGGCCAAGACCAAGUGGAUCCAACUUUUAGGGGGAGAGCUAAACGUCUUGCAACACGCACAGAGAGCCUUGGCACAGGAUGAAUUGGAAUGGGGUCUGGAACUCAUUGAACUUCUUCAUGGAGCUAAUUCCACGGCUGAGAGUCGAGCCAUACAUAAUUCCAUAAUGGUCCAAUUGGCUGCUAGGCCGGGCUUGGCUGCCAAAGAGCGCGAGUUCCUCACUUCCUUGGCAGGUCCCACUCUACGAUUUGCUCAAGAGCCGACCAAGUCCUUGAUUGCCGAAAAUCUGACCUUGAAUGAGUGCCACAUGAUCUUGAGGUCAAGAGUGGAUCCCAGCAAAUUUCCCACUGGUUUCAACAAGAAGAUUAGGAUACGCUUCACAGAUCAUGCAAAUCUACCCCUCUUAUCUGUUGAGAUUCGAAACUCGGUUGUUGUGAUACAGGACGGCUCGAGUGAAGGUCAUGCUAACAAAGACUGGCGGCCGGCCUUGUCCGUGGAGCUCGAGCUGAAUGCUUGGAAGGUCUUUUGCGUUCAUGGAACUUUGGACGAGCGAUAUCAGGCCUACUACCAGAAAAUGGUCGGUCCAUAUCAGGGCACGAAAUAGUGAAUAAAAACUGUCGAAACAAGGUUA